AACUUCAGUGUUGGAGAUUGCUUUUUAAAUUUUCUUGUGCUCGUUUCUGACACAUCAUUUUACAUGUGUGCAUGCACAAACUGCCUUUCUGAAACUAAAAACGGCCUUCAAAGUGAAUGGAAAAGCUUUUUUUUUUUUUUUUAACCUGUGAAUGGCUGCAUUUGGAGCCCUGAAUUUCUUUUUGGUGGGAUUAUUAGAGGAAAGAUGCCAUUUCAGGGGGCUGGGAGCUGUUAUGCCCCAGUCCUGCAUGCAGACCCUGCUCCAUACCAGAGUUCAGGAGAAUUUUUGCCUCUUCCAGCUCUCGUCUCUGUUUCAAGGCCACCAGUAAGGCCACUGGACUGGUGGCUCGUGGGAAUGAGACACGGCCACGGAAACAGUGCCAUGGGAGCUGGGGCUUUCACAGGUCAGGUCAGUCGCUCCCACUGACCCCGCUCAGCCAGGACCAGUUCACAGCAGGGCCAAAGCCCGGGCGGGAGGAAAGGUUGAGAGCAACAUUUCCAUUUGCCUUGGCUCUCGGGCUCCCUUUUUGUUUAGUCACUGGCUGAGUUAUGAAAUCCGCCUGCAGCGUCACCGUGUCUGUGGGUUUCCCAUGGGCUGGAGAGGCUAUUACCGAGGAGCAGCUGGAAUGUUAAUUACCCAUUAAGGAACUAAAUCUGGGGGAUUUCUGAAAGCAAACACAAAUCAUCUCUAGCACUGACCCCACCGUGGCCUGGGCAUCCUUCCUGGCCAGGCUGAGGCUGCAAUCCCUGCAGCUCCUGCGUGGUGUCUCCCUUCUUGCUCACCCCAGCCUGGGAAGAUCCUCAGCAGCUACGACAGCCCAGUCAGGGCUGGCAUUUGAGCCCCGGGAGCAUUUUGCAGGGCAGGCAUUUCCCUUGCAGUCACGCCAGGAGUGCUGAGAAGCAAAGACAGAGACUUAAUCCUGGAGAGUGGAAAAAGCCUCAUCCUGCACAGAGCCUGGAGGGACUGGGAGCAGCCUGGCUCCCAGCUGCUCCAGGGCUGAGGGCAGCACUGGAUUUUGAACUGCUGGUUGUUUUUUUUUGUUUGUUUGUUUUAGAAGCUCAUCUGAUUAUUUCAGCCUGUUACCCCAUACAUGGAAGCUUGCCCAUUUCCUUGCCUCUGGCUUGCAGCUGUUCCAGAACAUCUGUAGGCUGGUGCGAGCCUCACAGAGCCUCCAUGUGGACAAACCCGCCCUGCCUGGCUCAGGCUGCCUGUGCACCCUUCGCUGUCCCCACAGCUCCUUCUCAGACAGGUCACUUGCAGUCACCACGGCACACAUGGCCUGGCACAGGCUGACCUCUGGAGUGCUCGCCUGCUGCCAGCCCCGUCCUUCCCCUCUUUCUGCGAAUCGGGACACGGCUGGUGUCAUUGGAGCCCCCAGCUGGAAUUACAGCAGUCCCAACGAUGUAUAUUUUAAAAGCUUCUCUGUCAAUAUUUAAACAGGAAGAUCCCUGACGCAGCGGCAAACUGCUGACGAAGAGAGGAGUGAGCGAGGGUGGCCUGUGGGGUCAAGGCCGGCGUUCUGGCGGCACCGCGAGCACAGCGCUCUCCGGGGGAGGCAGCACAGCACGGGCGCUGCAGGGAGACGGACCGACCAAACCUUUUCGCCCUGCUGGCAAGCGAGAGAUUUGCAGCCUGGAGGGCCUGCUGUGAUAGCACAAGGGGUGAUGAUUUUGCACUGAAAGAGGGGAGAUUCAGGCCAGACAUGAGGAACACAUUUUUUACACUGAGGGUGCUGAGAGCCUGGCCCAGGUUGCCCAGAGAGGUGGUGGAUGAACCGUCCCUGGAGACAUCCCAGGCCAGGCUGGACGGGGCUCUGAGCAACCUGAGCUGGUGAAGAUGUCCCUGCUCAUGGCAGGGGUGGCACUUGAUGAGCUGUGAAUGUCCCUUCAACCCAAACUAUUCCAUGAUUCUGUGAGCCCAAUGGCCUGUGCCUCAGCCCAGCUCUAGCUGAGCCUGGGCAGCACCGACUGCAGCUGCACGGCCAGGAGGCAGCGGGCUGUGUGAUGGCAUUACACCGAUUUUACUUCAGCUGUUUAUAAACCGUCUCGGGCCCGACUUUCCAGAGCCGUCCUGGCGCGUCCCCGCCAGGAGCGCCGCUGCUCAACGACGCCUGCCGCCAUCUUGGGGACGGACCCGCGAUGGAGGGGCAGCCGCGCCAUCUUGGGGAGGUCGGCCCGGGGUGGCCUCGGGAACUCCCUUCGCGGUUUAACGGCGGCGGGAUCGAGACCGGGGUGGGGAUCACGAUCACGAUCACGAUCACGAUCAGGAUCGGGGAAGAGUCCUGCGCCUGCAAUCGGCGAAACGCCGCUGCCCCGGCGGCACUCGGCCGCCUCCCGCCAUCACUUCCGGGUGAGCGGCGGUGACUUCCGCCCCCUGACGCCGCCACUUCCUUUCCAGCGGCGGCCGCCGGAGCAGACGCGCAGAAAUGGCACCUCGUAAGGGCAAGGAGAAGAAAGAAGAACAGGUCAUCAGCUUGGGACCUCAAGUUGCUGAAGGAGAAAAUGUGUUUGGCGUCUGCCACAUCUUUGCUUCCUUCAAUGAUACUUUUGUCCACGUGACUGAUCUCUCUGGCAAGGAAACCAUCUGCCGUGUGACUGGUGGCAUGAAGGUGAAGGCUGACCGAGACGAGUCUUCUCCCUACGCGGCGAUGCUGGCAGCCCAGGAUGUUGCACAGAGGUGCAAGGAACUGGGCAUCACUGCCCUGCACAUCAAGCUGCGUGCCACUGGUGGCAACAGGACCAAGACUCCUGGACCUGGUGCCCAGUCAGCCCUGAGAGCUCUGGCCCGAUCUGGAAUGAAGAUCGGCCGCAUUGAGGAUGUCACCCCCAUCCCCUCUGACAGCACUCGCAGAAAGGGUGGUCGCCGUGGACGUCGUCUGUAAACAAUGCUGCACCUUUGGUUAUUAAAGCUCCUUUAAACCUC